UUCAACCCCACAGGGCCACACGGUGAGAAAAGAAUACACACACGGUGAGGACUAAAGUAGCGUUUUUCUUGCUAAAACCCCGUUCCUAAGUAUCUCUCAACUCUAGACUUUUUCUUUCUUCACUCCUCUCUAAUAUUCCUCAACUGGGUUUAAAAUCAAGUGGGUUUGCGUUAACCCGGCAAAUCCUUCAUUGAUUUUCGGUAGACUUAAGUGCCUCUGUUACUUGUGAAGACUAAACAAUGGCAGUUAAAAUUGGUUAUUCGUUUUCCUCUGUUUUCACUUCUCCUUCUUCCCCUUUUCAAUCCAUGAAGACUCGAGCGGUGAUUCAAGCACAUGAAACUUCUAAUGGAGGUCCUAGCAGACAUGAAUACAAGAAUCGUGGUUAUUUUGAGUUAAAUCCUGUGAGUGCAAGACCAAGAGUGUUCAUGUGGAGAUUUGUUCCGGAACGUCUAAGAAAUGAUAAAGUUGUUAGGUCACACCACUUUGUGCCUGAAAAGCUAAAGGUGCUGAGAAGUUCUAGUAGGAGACAGUUCAGUUUCUUUGCCGCUGCAGAAGACCAGUUAGCCGACAGUGAGCUUGAGGAAGAUAAUUCCGAGCAAGAAAGUGAACAUCCUGGUGAUGAAUUUGUUGCCUCUGUCAGUAGUUCAAAUGUCCAAAUGGAAGGUGCUGGUGGUAAGCCUGGCGUACUAUCAUUCUACAAUCGUCCUUACAGAAGGGAGGAGGAAAUCCUUGUGCCUGCUGCUGAAAAGAACCAGAACGUUCUACUGUGGUUUGUUGGUCCAGCUGUUCUUGUAGCCUCUUUCAUCUUUCCCUCGCUUUACUUGCGCAGGUUAUUAUCAACUAUAUUUGAGGACUCUUUGUUAACAGAUUUCCUCAUCUUGUUCUUCACAGAGGCUCUGUUUUACUGUGGAGUAGCAGUGUUUCUUCUCCUAAUAGAUCGUCUAAGGAGACCGCUUGAGCUAGUAUCUUCUGACAGGAAAAUUAUCCCACCACUCGGAUAUAGAAUAUCUUCAAUUGCUGUACUGGCACUUAGUCUAAUUAUUCCAAUGGUGACCAUGGGGUUUGUUUGGCCAUGGACUGGUCCUGCUGCUUCUGCUACUCUCGCCCCCUACCUUGUUGGUAUAGUUGUUCAAUUUGCUUUUGAGCAGUAUGCAAGAUAUAUUGACUCACCUUCAUGGUCUGUUAUCCCCAUUAUCUUUCAGGUCUACAGGUUGCAUCAACUGAAUAGGGCAGCGCAACUGGUAACAGCCCUUUCUUUGACAGUAAGAGGAGCAGAGAUGACUGCCCAGAACUUGGCAAUAAAUGGCUCAUUGAGCACACUUUUAAAUGUCCUUCAAUUCCUUGGGGUUAUAUGUAUUUGGUCCCUUUCUAGCUUCAUCAUGAGAUUUUACCCAUCUGCUACUAUGGCUGAGGGGUAAGACAUGGUUCUGCUACAAUCUGGUCCGCACUAAAUACUCCGGAAUAGUCUGCACAUGCAAAGUUCUGGUUGCUUGUUUGCAAGUGCCACAUGUCUUUUGUGGUUGCUGUGGCCUGUUGUUGUAGACUUGAUCUUUGUUGAAUCUGAAAGAACAUGACUACCGAAGCCUUAAUCGCUCUCCAACAAGAAAAUUCUUUGCAAAUGAAGGACUGCAAGGUAUAGGGCUGCUGAUCAUCCUGUCACCUUUUUUAUGUAUUUGGUUCAAUAGGCUGUGUAUUUUGACAUUACCAGGUGGAAUACUCGACUCACCAAGGAAUUUUACGUUGGUGGAUAUUUUAUGAAAUUAGAGCGCAAGUAGGUAUCCAUGUUAGUGUAAAGACGGACCAAAUGUGAAGUUGAUUUGUUUUCAUUUAUUUGUGUUUUCUUUACCAGGAAUCUUCACAAAUACUAUGCUUUCUUGUAUUCCACACCCCUAGGCCUUCAAUAAUUCAAAGUGGAUAAGUGGAGCAUCCCCUGAUUAUAUAUCAUAUUAAGUACUAGUCAAGUGUAACAGAAGUAUUUGUUUAGCAUAUACUACCAGUACUUGCUUCGGUUA